AUGUCAAUCAAAGUCGACCCCGUCGACACUAAUUUCACGGUAUUCAUACGCUUACCAUUUCCCAGAGGCGACUUCGUCGACCCGCCGCCUGUGGAAUGGAAUGCGUCCAAAGACCAAGCGCUAUGGGAUAUUCUUUCUCGGCCAUCUAAAGGUGACAUAGACUGGAAAGCUCUGGCAGAGAACUUCGACGUCACCUUGCAGUUUCUUCUUCAGCAGGCGGCAUGGCUCUACGAUCGCCAACUGUCGCAGGUUCGGGCUCAAAUGCGCAAGGUCGGCACUACGCAGUCGACCUCCCCUUCCCCAGCUCUAGGUUCUGUUUCUGGUAGUGCGGCCUUGAAUGGACAGCCGCAGAAGAAACGGCAGCAACAGGUUCUCGGGCGCCAUCACGGCAAGGCAUUUGAUACCGCCGGGGAUCGAACGCAUUUGACAUUGACUACAGCCCCUGAAAACCGACGUACGAGCUUUACAUCAACUACGGCUACUAACCCCACUCGCGGAUCUCGGGACCCUACGCGCACCGGCACGCCGACAAUCGAGGACAAAGAAUCACGGUGGGAUUCUUUUGGUCGUCGGCCUUCAGCUGUGAGACGAGAACAGCCACCCGUCGUAUCUUUGCCCCGAUCUCCACCCCUUGAGGAAGAGCCCCUAUCCUCAAGCUCCUCAGAAGAAUCAGGAUCCGACGAUGAGGACACCACCAGACGUGCACCCCUGUUCAAACGGUUUGGCAAAUUUUCUACCCAGCGCUCAGGUCUUCGGGAUGAUGAGGACGAUGAAGAAGACACUCCAGCGUUUCUGCCCCUAGCCCGAGAGCACGAGCAUACCCAUCGGGAGCGGCCAGUCCAGGAACUCAGUACUACCCUCCGUUUAGAUGCCGAGCGAGCAGCAGCGCAACGCCGCCAUCCUGAGCAGCGGGCUGGUCCCAGGGCCCCGGUACCGACAGACUCGUCCACCAGCUCUAUGAGCUCGGGCGGUCGUAGCAGCCUACCGGAUGGAGCCAGACGGCCGAGCCAGGGGGCACCGAUACUCAGCCCUCAGAGCGCUGCCGAGCGCCAAAAUUCGCGCAAGUCCACCGCCUCCGGCCGCGAAGCUAGCGAUGGUACCCCCAGCAUGGGAAGCAGUUUCAGUGAUCUCGACGGUAUGUGUCCCAACCCUGAGGAUUCUGGAUUCCAACUGAUCGACUGGUCAGAUGCAAGCGUUACCCAGUCAGCCCUGGAGGAGGCUCUUCUAAGCAACAUGCAGCAUGGUGGAAUGGCGAGUCGGAUGAGUACCAUCAGUCAAGCCUUGCGCAGUCGGUAUCUGCAGUGA